CCAAUUGGUAGCCUCAUUAUCCAGUUCAUCAUCAAGUAGAAUUCAGUUCUCUCUCAAUCUUCUUCGAUUUUAAUUACUCCAUAUUUUUUCCGUCCAGAUUCAUCAACCAAAUUCUUUGCUUCAUAUAUAGAAUAUCCUGCAAAAAAGGAAGGAAGAAUUUAAUCACUGAUCAUCGGAGGCAUUGGUUGCGUACAAAUUUUUUGUCGAUCACUCCAUUCCUCAAUUUCAAUCAGGUUUUAUCAUCGAGCAAAUUUUGGAUUUGCUCGAUCGAUUAAUGCAAUACAGAGAGGCGAAGACGACGGACUGUAAUUGCGCGAUCUCUGGAUCAAAUUAUGUCAGAGAUCACCAACGAGAGUGGGAGUUCAAUGUCGUCCGAUACGUCGACGGCCGCCAGCAGCAGCAGCAGCCAUAGCGGCGAAUCAAACGCCGCCGGUGGCGGCGGACAGGAGCUGAGCCCUAAUCUCUUCAAAAAGUAUGAGCUCGGCAGACUGCUCGGCUGCGGCGCCUUCGCGAAGGUCUACCACGCGCGCGUCAUCCGCAGCGGGCAGAGCGUGGCGAUAAAAGCCAUCAGCAAGCAGCGGAUUCAGAUGGGGAAACUCGCCGCCAACAUCAAGCAGGAGAUCUCUAUCAUGCGCCGCCUCCGCCACCCACACAUCGUCACCCUCCACGAAGUCCUCGCCACCAAAACCAAGGUCUACUGCGUUUUGGAAUUCGCCAAGGGCGGCGAGCUCUUCGCGAAGAUCGCCAAAUACCGAUUCAGCGAGGAUCUCAGCCGGAAAUAUUUCCAGCAGCUCAUCUCCGCCGUCGAUUACUGCCACUCGCACGGCGUCUUCCACCGCGAUCUCAAGCCGGAGAAUCUCCUCCUCGACGAGAAUUGGGAUCUGAAAAUCACCGAUUUCGGCCUCAGCGCCGUCACCGGCCAAACGCGGCAGGACGGACUCCUCCACACGCUCUGCGGCACGCCGGCGUACGUCGCGCCGGAAAUCCUGGCGAAGAAAGGCUACGACGGCGCGAAGAUCGACGUCUGGUCGUGCGGCGUAAUCCUCUACGUCCUCAACGCCGGAUAUUUACCCUUCAACGACACAAAUCUAAUGGCGAUGUACAGGAAAAUCUACAAAGGCGAAUUCCGAUGCCCUAAAUGGACUUCGCCGGAGCUCCGGCAAUUCCUCUCCCGCGUAUUAGAUCCGAAUCCGAGCACUCGAAUCACGAUCCACGAGAUCCUGAACGAUCCGUGGUUUAGAAAGGGGUACAAAGGCAUCAACCACCCGAUCGACAAACAAUUCGAAUUCAAGGAAUCCGGCGACGAAUCGCGAUUUCUGAAUGCGUUCGACCUGAUCUCCUACUCAUCCGGCGCGGAUCUGUCCGUUUUGUUCGAUUACCAUGUGAAAUCGGAGAUGUUCGUGUCGAAGAAGUCGGCGGAGACGAUAAUCGGGAGGCUGGAGGCGGCGGCGGAGGAAGUGGGGAUGGGAGUGACGAAGAAGGGAAUGGGGGUGCGGCUGCACGGGCAGAACUGGAAAUACGUUAUUAUGGUGGAGAUUAACCGGCUAACGGAAGAGCUGGUGGUGGUGGAGGUUAAAAGCAGUGGAUUUGGACGUGAUUUGUGGCGAGAUAAAUUUAAGCUUGCGGUUAAUGAUUUAAUUUACGAACCGCAACCGUCGUUAUCCGGUCAUUAACGGGGUUUGCAACUUGUAGAAGUAUUAAUAUAGAGUGUAUAUUCUUCAAUUUCUAUCCCUCUCCGCUCUAUGCUAGAUCCAUCACAUUUCAAAAGACUAGGUAGUAGCUUUCUAUCAAUCCAUUCAUCUUUUGAAAUGUAAAUAUUCCUGUUUACUAAUUUUUCAACUUUUUAGCAAA